UCGUUUUCACUGUUAAAAUGAUAAUCGUGUUGCUUCUACUUCUUCUGAUCGCCAUUUUUGGUUUGUUGAUUCUUUGCUUUCUGGCCAUCAGUGGAAGUGGCUUCUUCCUUUUAUUACUCGUUUGGUUGUGGCAUAGACGCCACUUCGGCUACUGGAAGCGGCUGGGAGUUCCCUAUAUUCCAGUCACGCCCUUUUUGGGGAAUGUAUGGCGCUUGUUGAGAGGUGCCUGCUGCUUUGGGGACCAAUUUAAGGAACUUUACGGGAGUAGGGCAGCACGUGGACAUGCCUAUGUGGGAAUGCAUGUGCUUCAUAAUCAUGCAAUAUUACUUCGUGAGCCGGCGCUCAUAAAGCGAAUUUUGGUCGAGGACUUUGCCCUCUUCUCCAGCCGCUUUGAGACGACUGAUCCCAUUGGGGACACAAUGGGAGCACAAAAUUUGUUCUUUGCCAAACACGAGACAUGGCGGGAAACCCAUAAGAUCUUUGCCCCGUUUUUCUCGGUCAGCAAAGUGCGCCAGAUGUAUGGAUUAUUAAGUCAAAUUGGAAUUACGCUUGAAACGUAUAUGGAAACUCAAAUGGGUGGCGAUACUAGCAUGGAACUGGAAGUCAAACAAAUGUGUGCUCUCUUUACCACAGACAUCAUUGCCUCCUUGGCUUUUGGAAUUGAGGCGCACAGUCUGAAGCAACCGCAAGCCGAGUUUCGUCGCAUGUGCAUUGAGGUCAACGAUCCGCGACCCAAGCGAUUGAUUCAUCUGUUCACCAUGUUCUUUUUCCCGCGCUUUUCCCGUACUCUGCGCACCCAUUUGUAUUCGGAUGAAUACGAGCGGUUUAUGCGUCGCUCAAUGGAGUUUGUGCUCGCCCAGCGAGAGGCAAGUGGGGAGCUUCGACACGAUUUGAUUGACAUCUUUCUGCAGCUGAAACGCACUCAUCCGCCGGAGAGCAUUGUCCAUCGCUCGGACUUUUUCGUGGCCCAGGCGGCGUUCCUUCUAUUGGCUGGCUUUGAUACAUCCUCCUCCAGCAUCACCUUUGCGUUGUACGAGCUAUCAAAGCAUCCAAGCAUUCAGCAACGACUAAGAGACGAACUAAAAAGGGCGUUACAUAACAGUCAAGCGAGUCGAAUAACAUACGACUGCAUCAGUGGAUUGCCAUAUUUACGACAAGUGGUGGAUGAAGUACUGCGUUUGUACCCUCCCACUGCUUUUCUGGAUCGCUGUUGCAAUGCUGAAUCUGGCUACGAUCUGUCUUCCUGGCAAUGUGGAGCACCUUUGAGCCUGCCAAUUGGUACACCUGUGUACAUAUCUGUAUUAGGUCUACAUCGUGAUGCCCAGUAUUGGCCCAAUCCCGAUGUUUUUGAUCCUGAACGUUUCUCCCCAGAACAACGGGAACAGCACACACCCAUGACCUAUUUACCCUUUGGUGCUGGACCCAGAGGUUGCAUUGGGACCUUGUUGGGUCUAUUGGAAAUAAAAGUUGGACUCUUUCACAUAUUGAAAAACUAUCGGGUGGAGGAAUGCACGAGGACACUGCCGGAAAUGAAAUUCGAUCCCAAAUCAUUCGUUCUGACAGCUGCCGGGGGCACAUACCUUCGUUUUGUUAAGGAUCAUCUUUGAAAAAUAAAGCGAAUUGGUGACUUUGAA